GCCCACUCUUUAACGUAAACUCUCUAGGUCUUAGCAAAAACCAGCAGACAGUUUCACUUUCUUCAUCGAUUUUCAAAGCAAAAAAAAAUGCAAAUCUCUCAAAAUCUCUUCAUCUUCAUCUUCUUCUUCUCCUCUUGCAUUUUCGUUUCCACAGAUGGUAUUCAAUUGAUACUGGUAAACAACUGCAAAGAAACCAUAUGGCCUGGAAUCCUUGCCAGUGCCGGCCACGAAGCGAUCCGAGACGGAGGCUUCCCUCUCGCCUGCAGCGAACAGACGACCCUCGAACUACCGGAAAGAUGGUCGGGUCGAAUCUGGCCUAGACAAGGUUGCUGUUUUGACGAAACGGGAAAGGGUUCAUGUCAAACAGGUGACUGCGCCGGCCUUUUACAAUGUCAAGGCAUUGGAGGGAAACCACCGGCGACCCUCGUCGAAAUGACGCUCGGGGGUCCGACGUCAGCUUUACAUUACUACGACGUGAGUUUAGUCGACGGAUUCAACGUCCCGGUCUCAAUGGUCCCUAUAGGAGGCGGUGUCGGGUGCGGCGUCGCCGCAUGCGAGGCUGAUUUGAACGUUUGUUGUCCGGAGGCAUUGGCGGUGAAGAAAGAAGGGAAGGUGGUUGGGUGUAAGAGUGCAUGUUUAGCUGCGAAAUCCGAUAGGUAUUGCUGCACCGGUGAGUUUGGGAACCCUAAAAGCUGUAAACCCACCAUUUUUGCCCAUUUUUUUAAGGCCAUCUGUCCCAGGGCUUAUAGCUAUGCCUUUGAUGAUUCUUCGAGUCUUAAAACUUGUAGGGCACCUCGUUAUGUCAUUACCUUUUGCCCCCCUAAUUGAUGGGUUUCAUCUGUUGUGAGCCAUUUGGCUUUUUCUAUUGUGGUUUGAGUUCUUUUUAUUACGUUGUCAACUUGUCAUAUGCAAAUUGUUGAAUUUUUUACUUU